GCACAUUUCUUAGUAUGUAAACAAUAACAAUGGAUGCAGAAGAGAAACGCGAAAAGUUCUUCGAUAAAGCGAGAAAUGUGUGUCUUUCCGUGAGUGACGGAUUCAAGCAUGAUCUCCAGGCGUGCGUGAACUUCUUCAAUAGUGAGUGUAAUGUUGAUUUGGAGGACUUCAAGAAGUUUCCCUGGAUCUCGACAUAUCCAACUGUCCAGUUCCUGGCAACCGGCAUAGACACCACAAGUCAGGAGGAUACAGCUUUGAAAUUGAUCAAGGCGAAGGACGAAUACAACAACAAGGGAUUGCAGAUUAGGAGGCAGUACACAAUAGCUCAGAAACGUCGGGAGAUUCGGAAGUUGGAGAAGAGAAGAGUGUAUAGCAAGAGUGUCAUUCAAAUGGCCAAUCAUCUGGACAAUGACCCAGACAAGUUCUUCUCCGGUGAAUACGACUGGUACUUCACGGGAGGCACGCUCGAUGUUCUUCAGCAUGAACUUUACGGAGCAGUGGCUUUCUGGGCUUGUGGCUCCGCACUUAACGAUCUAAGAAUUGUUCAACUGGGCUCAGAUGAGAAGCGGAAAGAGAUCAUGGAUCAAACACUGACUCUUCCUAAUCCAGGCACGAUAUAUCAAAUUUCUGGAUUCGCAAUGGGUGAGGAAAUUGGUUUAGUAAUUCGUCAAAAGAAUACCGUGACUAUUCUCCAGUCUGAGAAUUCGAUCUUCAGUCUGACGAAGUGUAAAACGAUUGAAUCAUUGCUACCAUUUGUCUCGGUGUUCUUUGACAAGGAAGAAGUCGAUUUUGUGUACACGAUGGAUGUUGAAUUCUUCCUGAAGAAGUGGGAUAUUCGAGAUGAUCCCGUUGAAUGUAGCGCCAAAAAUCUCGCGCAGGUCAACAAAUUCAGGAAGGGUGACGCAAAGAAGGCUUCUAACUGGGCCACAAUACAAGACUUGAGUGCUAAGCACUUUAUCUACGCCGAUCAGCAGCAGUUGAAGAUAAGGAUAAUCGAUAAGGUGCAAUUCAGCACAAUUCAAUCAGUUCGUUUAGACGAUUUGGUAUCCAAUUGCUCAGAAAUCUGCGCUGUGGCCGUCAGCAAAUUCCCGAACUUGAUUUAUGUGGCCACAACUCAUGAUUGCUUUGCCUUGGAUGUGAGCAAAAGUCCUUCACAGCCUUGCUUCCAGCUGAGGUGGACUCAUCAUCUGACCAGCCAUCCAAUAGUCAUGAAAACCUGCCUCGUGGAAAAUAACACUGAGCUGAUUUUGUUGUCCAGUUUAGUCUUUGGCGACUUGAGGAUUCUCUGCAAUGAACGAGAAGUCUGCUCGGCAGAUGAGAAUGAAACCAAAAUGCUUUUCCAAUACAAAUCUUAUCAUCUUCCUUACAAAAUGCAGAGCAUGUCGCAAUUGUACGAAAUCGCGCGCCUAAAAGGUAAAUGCCUCAAUCCCAAGAUUCCCACGCUCAAGAGGAUAAGUUUCUCGACAUGUGGCGUGGCAUUUGUCUCGGACUCCAGCGAAAGAAUUAAGAUUCUGACGGCCAACAGUGUAGGAGAUAUUUUUACACAAAAUCUGACGACAAAGCUGAUGAAAACCAAUGAUGAUCUUAAUGACUGCAUUGAGGCCAUGGAGAUUCUAGAGAAGAAUCUCUCAGUUGAGCGGAGACUUACUAGUUUUAAGAUCACGGGAAGAGAUGACCUGAAGCCCCUAAAGAGGGUUUUCCGCGGUCGCCGAUUUAAUCAGAGGAAGGAUGCAGAUGAGCUACGCAGUUCAAAAAGACGUCUGAAAUGGAAGCGACGAAUUGUGGAACUGAGGAAAUGCACAGAUGUAUUGGCACAGGAUUUGCUUGCAAUUUGGGAGUUUUCUGACGAAGAACUUGAAGAGAGCAUCAUCACUGAUCCUACAGAACCUCAUCUCAUGUCCGCGAAGGAUAAAGUGGCAAAGUGGCUGAAUUCCAUCGAGCAGGACGUUCUUCCGGACACAUUAUCCUUCCCUCAUGAGGGUGAUUUAGCAACGCCUAAGCAAACAUUGGGUGAAGCAGGAGAAGACCGCGCGCCUGUCCAGAAAACCCCCUUGAGGAAAGCAAAGAGGAAAUCGCAUGUGGGUGGCUUCUAGAAGAAAACGAGGAGGAAAAUAAAAAUGU